AGAACAUUUGCUCCUCAAGGUGUGGCUGACAAGAACUAUCUGAAUUCUUCCUGGUCGCCAAAGGCAAACAGUGUUUUUCCUGAUCCGCUGUGGGAGUUUUCUGAUUUGCACGGAUGCAGUGAAUUCAUGUGAAUGUUGAUCUCAUUGUUCCUCCUUUGGGUUGAAGUUUAGGACUCUGGAGCUUGUUUUGUUUCUAUAAAUGCAAAACUUUGGAAUAAUUUUUAAGAUGCUGCGACCUUUUUAACCCUUCUUUAAUUUCUACAUUAAGAAAUUAAAGAAAUGAUUUCAGGAUGCUGCCGAAACUCUUCAUUUGUGGAGUGUUCCUUGGUUUUGUCUCUGUUCAGUUGUUCCUGAUGUCCUCUGACAGAAGAGUGGAGUUCUAUAGGUUUAGCCAGAACUUUCAUGCUAAAUUCUCGAUAUCUGCAUGGAGAACAGAUGAUGUAGCGAAGCAGUUGAGCUCAAAGGUGCGCGUGUUGUGUUGGGUUAUGACCAGACCCCUGAACCUGCAGAUCAAAACUCAGCACAUUAAGGCAACCUGGGCUAAACACUGCAACAUUGUGCUCUACAUGAGCUCUGAGGCCACGGACUUCCCCACCGUGGGCCUCAACGUGUCUGAGGGCAGAGACCAGCUCUACUGGAAGACCAUCCGGGCCCUCCAGUACAUCCACACUCAUCACCUGCACAGUGCCGACUGGUUCCUCAAGGCUGACGACGAUACGUUUGUGGUGGUGGAGAACCUGCGGCGCCUCCUCUGCAGGCACAACACAGAGGAACCUGUCUACUUUGGUCACAGGUUCAGGGUUUUCAUCAAGCAGGGCUACAUGAGUGGAGGAGCAGGAUACGUCCUGAGCAGAGAAGCUCGGAGGUUUGUCCAGGGCUUCAGCUCGGGCAAAUGCACACACUCCAGCCCGGUGGAGGACAAGGCCUUGGGCCAGUGCAUGGAGACUAUGGAGGUCAAAGCAGGGGAUUCAAGAGAUGAGAGGGCAAGAGAAACAUUUAAUCCCUUCCAUCCGGCUAGCCACCUCCAACUUCCAGCCAACGGGAAGCAGUUCUGGGGCUACAGUUACUAUCCUACAAAACGAGGCCCAGACUGCUGUUCAGAUUACGCCAUAACGUUUCAUUAUGUCAAACCAGAACAGAUGUAUGAGCUGGAGUACUACACCUAUCGCUUACGGCCUUUCGGAUACAAAUACAGGUUCAACCCUGCAAUCACAUCGAACUGCACUAAGGAUCUCUCAAGCAGCUGAUGCCCUCAUCUUAAGGAAUACCUCCGAAUGUUGGGAUAUUCAUUCAAGGAGAGCGUUUUAGUUGAAAUAGAAACUUUUUUUAUUGAACACAGACAACUGAGUGACAGUUUCAAGUAGUUAAGAGUUAUGAUGAAGAUACUCGUCUAUUUGAGAAACUACAAGUAGCUUUUUUGGUCUUUGAAAAAUAGCUUAUUUAAAGAAAAUGAAAUAUGAGACGUAACUUAUUUAUAGCAAAUCAGACUAGAUGAAGUACAGCACCAUGGAAAGUAUGAAUAUUAAUGACAUCACUUGCAGUCCACACUCUUGAAGAAAUGCUCAGAACUGAGCUGAAGAAGCUGAGACUUUUUUUUGUAUAGAAGAAGUGAUUUUGAAGUGGACAAGGCCACAGUGCAGGACCUUUAAGUGGGAUUUGGGGGAGAUUGCUGAUUGUCAGUGCAGCCACUUGUACUCACUCUGAGUGAGGCCUUUGCUACUUAAGGAUUUGACCUCCCUCGUCUUGUUGACGCCACUUGCUUAUUCUGAGAGGUGAAGGCAACUUCAGUGGUUUAAUGCAGUUUGCUUAAUAACUGAAAGUGUCUGUAAGUCUUCUCUGCAUGUAUUUGCCAUGUACCAGCAAUAAGACAAUAGUAUAAAGUAAUGCAAAUGUAGGGCUGGUCCGAGUAAUUAGAACACUUGAGGACAUAUUCGUUACACUGGUAUUAAUUUCUCUUUUUAGUAAGGCUGACACAGUAAUUUAAGUCAGAC